AUGUUACAGUUUGUAUAUAUCAACCUAGCUCACUAUCUAUCUAUCUAUCUAUCUAUCUAUCUAUCUAUCUAUCUCAUUAUGUUCAUAUCUAUUUAUCUAUCGAUCUAUCUCAUUCUUUCUGUUCAUAUCAAUCUUUUGAGAUGUUCAUACGGGACAUCUAUCUCACUCUGUUCAUAUCUAUCUAUCUAUCUAUCUAUCUAUCUAUCUAUCUAUCUAUCUCAUUCUGUUCAUAUCUAUCUAUCGCUUAAUCUCGUUCUGUUUCUAUCUAUCAAUCUAUCUUCUAUUCAUAUCUAUCUAUCUAUCUAUCUAUCUGUUAUGGUCCAAGUUCCUUGUACCACGGUGAUGGUCCAAGUUCCCAUAACACUAUCUCAUUCUCUUCAUCUAUCUAUCUAUCUAUCUAUCUAUCUAUCUAUCUAUCUAUCUAUCUAUCUAUCUAUCUCAUUCUCUUCAUCUAUCUAUCUAUCUAUCUAUCUAUCUAUCUAUCUAUCUCAUUCUUCACUCUCUCCCAGACGCGCCGUCGCCUCUCUCUGUCUUUUCUACAAAUACUUUCAUGAUUUCGGAUGUCAACCAUUUUUUUUUAUCCCUUCUCGGCUCAGUCAACCGUCAUUUUCGCCAACUAUCUAUCUUGUCAUAGUGCCACAUCCCCACCCGUCUUUUUUUUUUUUUUUGGCGGGGCUUAUCCAUGGCUAUUUUUUUCUUCUUCUUCUUCUUCUUCUUCUUCUUCUUCUUCUUCUUCUUCUUCUCUUCGUCAUCGUCGUCCUCCAUCUUUUUCUUCUUCUGCUCCUCCUCUUCUCUCUUUUACUUCUUCCUCCCCCCCAUACUUUACAUCUCUUUCUCUUUCUCUUCUUCUACUUCUUUUCUUCCUUCUCAUUCUUUUCCUCCACCUCAUUAUUCAACAUCUUCUCCUCUCUUACUUAUUUCCCUCCUCCCACUUUUCAUUUCUGCUUUUUUCUCUUCAUUUUCUUUUUUAUUUUUUUCCUCAUUUUUUUCCCUUCUCCUUUUUUUCUCUUAUUCUUCUCCAUCACCCUCCUCCUAAUUCUUCUACUUCUGCUCUUUAUUCUUUUCCUCCUCCUGCUACUUCUUUUCUCCUCCUGCUCUUCCUACUUUUUCUCCUCCUGCUACUUCUUCUUUUCUCCUCCUGCUUUUCCUUCUUUUUCUCCUCCUGCUACAUCUUCUUUUCUCCUCCUGCUCUUUCUUCUUUUUCUCCUCCUGCUACUUCUUCUUUUCUCCUCCUGCUCUUCCUUCUUUUUCUCCUCCUGCUACAUCUUCUUUUCUCCUUCUACUCUUUCUUCUUUUACUUCUGCUACUUCUUCUUUUCUCCUCCUGCUUUUCCUUCUUUUUCUCCUCCUGCUACAUCUUCUUUUCUCCUCCUGCUUUUCCUUCUUUUUCUCCUCCUGCUGCUACUUCUUUUCUCCUCCUGCUCUUUCUUCUUUUUCUCCUCCUGCUACUUCUUCUUUUCUCCUCCUGCUCUUCCUUCUUUUUCUCCUCCUGCUACAUCUUCUUUUCUCCUCCUGCUCUUCCUCCUUUUUCUCCUCCUGCUACUUCUUCUUUUCUCCUCCUGCUCUUUCUUCUUUUUCUCCUCCUGCUACUUCUUCUUUUCUCCUCCUGCUCUUUCUUCUUUUUCUCCUCCUGCUACAUCUUCUUUUUCUCCUCCUGCUCUUCCUUCCUUUUAUCCUUUUGCUACUUCUUCGUUUCUCCUCCUGCUACUUCUUCUUUUCUCCUCCUGCUCUUCCUUCCUUUUCUCCUCCUGAUACUUCUUCUUUUCUCCUCCUGCUCUUCCUUCUUUUUCUCCUCCUGCUACUUCUUCUUUUCUCCUCCUGCUCUUCCUUCUUUUUCUCCUCCUGCUCUUCCUUCUUUUUCUCCUCCUGCUACUUCUUUUUUCCUCCUGCUUUUUCUUCUUUUUCUCCUCCUGCUACAUCUUCUUUUCUCCUUCUACUCUUUCUUCUUUUACUUCUGCUACUUCUUCUUUUCUCCUCCUGCUUUUCCUUCUUUUUCUCCUCCUGCUACUUCUUCUUUUCUCCUCCUGCUCUUCCUUCUUUUUCUCCUCCUGCUACUUCUUCUUCUUUUCUCCUCCUCUCUUCCUUCCUUUUUUCUCCGCCUGCUACUUCUUCUUUUCCUCCUCCUGCUCUUCCUUCCUUUUCUCCUCCUCCCCUUCUUCUUUUCUCCUCCUGCUUCUUCCUUCCUUUUCUCCUCCUGCUACUUCUUCUUUUCUCCUCCUGCUCUUUCUUCUUUUUCUCCUCCUGCUACUUCUUCUUAUCUCCUCCUGCUCUUUCUUCUUUUUCUCCUCCUGCUACUUCUUCUUUUCUCCUACUGCUCUUCCUUCUUUUUCUCCUCCUGCUACAUCUUCUUUUCUCCUCCUGCUCUUCCUCCUUCUUCUCCUCCUGCUACUUCUUCUUUUCUCCUCCUGCUCUUUCUUCUAUUUCUCCUCCUGCUACUUCUUCUUUUCUCCUCCUGCUCUUUCUUCUUUUUCUCCUCCUGCUACAUCUUCUUUUUCUCCUCCUGCUCUUCCUUCCUUUUCUCCUUUUGCUACUUCUUCGUUUCUCCUCCUGCUACUUCUUCUUUUCUCUUCCUGCUCUUCCUUCCUUUUCUCCUCCUGAUACUUCUUCUUUUUCCUCCUCCUUCUCUUCCUUUUUUUCUCCUCCUGCUUUUUCCUUUCUUUUCUCCUUCUGCUCUUCCUUCUUUUUUCUCCUCCUGCUCUUCCUUCUUUUUCUCCUCCUGCUCUUCUUUUUCCUCCUGCUUUUCUUCUUUUUCUCCUCCUGCUACAUCUUCUUUUCUCCUCCUGCUUUUCCUUCUUUUUCUCCUCCUGCUACUUCUUCUUUUCUCCUCCUGCUCUUCCUUCUUUUUCUCCUCCCUCCUUCUUCUUUUUCUCCUCCUGCUCUUCCUUCCUUUUCUCCUCCUCUUCUUCUUUUCUCCUCCUGCUUUUUCCUUCUUUUUUUCUCCUCCUGCUUCUUCUUUUUUCCUCCUGCUCUUCCUUCCUUUUCUCCUCCUGCUACUUCUUCUUUUCUCCUCCUGCUCUUCCUUCCUUUUCUCCUCCUGCUUUUCCUUCUUUUUCUCCUCCUGCUACUUCUUCUUUUCUCCUCCUGCUCUUCCUUCCUUUUCUCCUCCUGCUUUUCCUUCUUUUUCUCCUCCUGCUACUUCUUCUUUUCUCCUCCUGCUCUUCCUUCCUUUUCUCCUCCUGAUACUUCUUCUUUUCUCCUCCUGCUACUUCUUCUUUUUUCCUCCUGCUCUUUCUUCUUUUUCUCCUCCUGCUCUUUCUUCUUUUUCUCCUCCUGCUACAUCUUCUUUUCUCCUCCUACUCUUUCUUCUUUUACUUCUGCUACUUCUUCUUUUCUCCUCCUGCUCUUCCUUCUUUUUCUCCUCCUUAUUCUUCUUUAG